CCGCGCCCGACUUCGUGGCCAUGGUGGACAACCUGCGGGGCGACGCCGGGCGCGGCUACUACCUGCAGCUGCUCCUGGGCAGCCCGCCGCAGGAGCUAAAUAUUCUAGUUGACACUGGAAGCAGCAAUUUUGCAGUGGCAGGUGCACCGGACGUAGAUGUGACUUCAUACUUUGAUACAAAAAAGUCAAGCACAUAUCAUUCACUGGGCAUUGAGGUUACUGUUAAAUAUACCCAAGGGAGCUGGACUGGAACUCUUGGCACAGAUGUUAUUACUGUCCCUAAAGGGAUAAAUGGAACUUAUACUAUCAAUAUUGCUACCAUUUUUCAGUCUGAGAAUUUCUUUUUAAAAGGAGUUAAAUGGCACGGGAUCCUUGGACUUGCCUAUAGUGUCCUGGCCAAGCCCUCGAGUUCUGUGGAGACAUUUUUUGAUUCCCUUGUGAGUCAAGCCAAGAUCCCCAACAUAUUUUCCUUACAGAUGUGUGGAGCUGGUUUGCCUGUUUCUGGAUCUGGUACCAGUGGAGGUAGUCUUAUCCUGGGUGGAAUUGAACCAAAACUGUAUGAGGGAGAAGUCUGGUAUACACCUAUUAAAGAAGAGUGGUAUUAUCAGGUUGAAAUACUCAAAUUGGAGGUUGCAGGCCAGAACCUUAAUUUGGACUGUAGAGAGUACAACAAAGAAAAAGCAAUUGUAGACAGUGGCACCACCCUCCUCCGACUGCCUGAGAAAGUCUUCAGUGCUGUUGUGGAUGCAAUUGGACGCACAUCCUUGAUCCAAGAAUUCUCACCUGGAUUUUGGGCUGGUGCACAGCUUGCUUGUUGGGGUAUAACAGAAAAACCUUGGACCAUGUUUCCAAAGAUAUCUAUCUAUCUGAGAGGUGAAAAUUCCAGCUCAUCAUUUAGGAUUACUAUCCUCCCACAGCUUUAUAUUCAGUCUGUUCUAGAGCUUGGCCAGAAUCUGAACUGUUACCGGUUUGGUAUCUCUUCAUCUACCAAUGCUCUGGUCCUUGGUGCUACAGUGAUGGAAGGUUUCUAUGUCAUCUUUGACAGAGCUCACAAGAGAGUGGGGUUUGCAUUAAGCCCAUGUGCUGAAGUUGGUGGUAUCCCAGCAUCUGAGAUUGACGGCCCUUUCUCAACUGAAGAUGUAGCAAGCAACUGUGUGUCUACAGUAUCUCUCCAUGAACCAUUAUUGUGGAUAGUGUCAUAUGCGCUUAUGAGUUUCUGUGGACUAGUCCUCCUUCUUCUAAUCAUCUUGCUGCUGCUUCCACCUCGUUUUCGACAUCGUUACACUGAAAAUGACAUAGUAAAUGAUGAAUCAUCCUUAGUACAACAUCGAUGGAAAUGAGGGAUUUGAUCGAAGUGCAGGGAGUUCUUGUUGUUCUGCUUAGUGGAAUUACGUGUGGCUAUCUCGACCAAAGCUGGGAGUCCAGGUUCCACUCUUUAACAAUUUCAAUAUCAUAUUCCACUACAAGAUGUCCUCCAACUCUGCUGCAUCAUAAUUUUAAGCUUUAUUUUGUAACCAGAGUUUAGAACCAAAUGCAUAUAACAACAGCAAAU